AUGCCCCUCUAUGCCAAGUUCUUGAAAGAUAUGCUAACCAAGAAGAAUCGGUACAUUCAUAAUGACACAAUUGUUGUGGAGGGCAACUGUAGCGCGGUCAUUCAAUGCAUCCUUCCACUCAAGCAUAAGGAUCCCGGAAGUGUCACGAUACCGUGUUCUAUCGGCGAGAUUACUAUGGGUAAAACUCUCAUUGAUUUGGGAGCUAGUAUCAAUUUAAUGCCUCUCUCCAUGUGCCGAAAACUUGGAGAGUUAGAGAUAAUGCCCACACGCAUGACCCUCCAGUUAGCUGAUCGCUCCAUCACAAAGCCAUAUGGAGUGAUUGAGGAUGUGUUGAUUCAGGUCAAGCAUCUUGUAUUCCCUGCAGAUUUUGUGGUUAUGGAUAUAGAGGAGGAUCCUAACAUUCCCAUAAUAUUGGGCAGUCCUUUCAUGUCCAUGACCAACUGUAUAAUAGAUAUGGGGAAAGGCAAUUUAUAA